AUUUAAUCCUCCCAGUCCGCCCAGCCCAGCACUUCCCGCAUUCGAGCACCCUUGCCAGCUUCUUGCAACGUCCGUACAGCAUACCCAGCAUCAGCACUAGCCAGCGACCACCGCCAUCAUGGGUCUCGUCAAAGGAGGCUUCCUCAGGUUCUUCCAGACCUUCCUCUACGCCCUCGCAUUUGCCUGCGCAGCAGUCAUCCUCGGCAUCUUCAGCUACUUCCUCGCGACCAUCGCCGACCGCAAUGGCACAAUCUUCACAUGGGUCAAGGCCGUCGAAGGCAUUUCGGGCGCUGCCGUCCUGUACACCAUCUGCGCUGUCGUCUUCACUUGCUGUCUAGGCGGCAUUUCAUUCUUCGCAUUCGUCGCGAUUGUCCUUGAUAUCGCUUUCGUCGGUGGCAUGAUCGCCAUCGCUGUCUUGACCAGAUAUGCUACGGACUCCUGCACCGGCAUUGUCACCACUCCGCUUGGCACCUUCCCAGUACUGAGCACUUCUGAUGGUUUCGGAGGCGAGGUCACGUACCAAGUCAGCCAGCGCACCGCCUGCCGUCUGCAGAAGGCUUGCUUCGCUGUCGCCGUCAUUGGCGCAUUCCUCUUCUUGGUCACCGCAGCCAUGCAGACCGUCUUGGUCCGCCACCACAAGAAGGAGAAGCGUUAUGGACCCAGCCCAUCCAACAACUACACUUCAGGCUUCGGCAAGAGGAAGUUCUGGCAGCGCAAGCCAAAGAACGCCACUCGCGACGCUGAGAUGGCCGGCGGCGCUGGUGGACUCGCAGUCCCUGCCAACCCAAACAACCGCGCUAGCUACGAGACUGGAACCACGGUGGGCAACAAUGCCGCUCUGCACGACAAGGUCGAUAACACCACUUAUGCCCCACAGCCAGCCACAUCCCACUCUGGCUACUACACGCAACCAACUGGCACUGGUGUGAGCAACCCAUAUGGCACGACUGGCACCGCCACCAACUACUAGGAAGUUCCUGCAAUUUGAUGACGCAUCACACGCUCGCUGGCUAGUUGCCAUAUCACAGGUCAUAGAAUAUUCGACCGCAGCGGAACCCAACCCUCCAGGAUGGGCUUAAUGAUCGUGUACUACUAUAAUGAUUGGACGCAGCGAAGGAAAUGAUACCCCAUAUACAUAUGCCUUAAUCUAAUGCAAUACAAUACGUUCAACCAAUAUUCAUAAGCG